CGACUACAUGUCUCAGCAUUGAUAGCCUAUUUCCCCGCCUAUUUCCCCUGUACAUGUGAAUCACCAUGCCUGAUACUCCUAUACUGCCCUCGCGGCAAGCCCCGCAAACCGUUCUUGCUCGUUUACACGCUCUUUUCCCCCAUUCCCCCCCACCAUCGUCCGACUCGACUGUUCACGACCGACAGAUGCCCCCUAUCGCGAAAUCGACAGUUCCUUCGCCCAGGUUUCUCAAGAUUAGGAUAUUGACUUGGAAUAUGCACGAUUCAGUUCCCAAGGGAGAUCUUGAGGAACUGCUGGGCAAAGUUCCUCUGUACACGUCGAACACGCCUUUGUCGCCUGACGCUUUUCCUGUCCUGUCUGCAGACAACACCCACCCAUAUCACCUUGUCGUAAUUGCUGGUCAGGAGUGUCCUUCUAUGUCUGGCAUGCCGAUGGGCCUCGGCGCCGGUUUCAAACUAAUUGAGAAGGACGACAAGGACAAGGAGCGCUCGUCGAAGCACUCCGUCAAGGAUGAUACCGUCAAGUCGAAGAAGAACGCCGAGGACUUGCCAUAUGAAACUCCCACCGGUUGGACGUCAAUGGUAGAAGAUUGGUUAUGCCACGGUGGAUCCUGCGGCACGCGCCUGUCUUCCCCCACUCCAAAUGAUAUCAGUAUGCCCAAACCUCUCUCCCCACGCGUAACGUCGAAGGAGCCUCGGAAGGGUCCUUACCAGCUGCUCAUCAAGGAACGUAUGAUGGGCAUAUAUCUAGCGGUCUAUAUCCAUCGUGAUUUGAAAAGCCAUGUUGAUGGAACAUCCAAAUCUGCAGUUACAGCCGGGCUUAUUGGAGGGAGAGUCGGGAAUAAGGGCGCCGUCGGCAUCAGCAUGAAAAUAGACGGAAUGUCUUUUCUCUUUCUCAACUGCCAUUUGACGGCUCAUAAAGGCAAAGUAAAUCACCGCUUGGCCAAUCUUGCCAAAAUCAAGUCCGAGCUUUCCGUGGACGACUUUUUAUCCCAUACCGACGAGCGGAUGAUGGCCGAAGAUCUCACCGACAAAUUCGACUUUACCUUUAUAUUCGGCGAUCUCAAUUUUCGAUUGAACAUUUCACGGUUACAUGCAGACUGGUUGAUAUCACGGCAGGAUUACGCGCAAGCACUCGCUUUUGACCAGCUACGAAACAUCAUGGAGAAAGAACAAGCUUUCGUCGGUUUCCAAGAGGCGCCCAUAGAUUUCCCGCCGACAUUCAAGUAUGACGUGCUGCGCACGUUGAAGCGGCCAAAAUAUAGCUCUCGACCGGAUCGUUGGCGUGGCGAAAGAUCACACCCACUCACUGAAGUUGAAGAGAAAGAGAAAGAAUUAGAAUUUGUAGAGGAUGACGAUGCGGAUGAGGAAGGCGAAGGAGAGAAUACUUCGCUGUCUUCGUCCGCGUGGACAUCCACGCAUUCAAGACUUGUCAUGGAGGUGGACGACGGCGAGUUGGAUUCGCCACUUAUGUCGCAGAGUACCACGCCCGGGAGCAAAGUGUCGUUGUCCACGGCUGCACACAGAGCGAAGAUAAAAUGGUUUUCCAUGCUUUCGCCGAGUGUGCGAGCAUCUCCUGCGAGAUGGCUCAAGAGGAGAGACAGUCCUGACGUUGAGGUCUUGAAGAGUCACAAGCCGCACACUUCGGUCGAUAUUGUCAGCGAGAUCAAGACGCCUUUACGCGAGGAGAGGGCUAUUUCACUGGACGGCGGCGAAUCGCAGCUACUUAAGCCUCCGCCUUUGGGCAGAGUGAGCUCAACAAAGUCGAGUGUACCUAGCGACGAUGAAGAUGGCAUAAGCGAUGUAGACAAGGGUGUUUAUGAUUCGUCUCAUAAGAAACGUGUUCCGAGCUGGUGCGACCGCAUAUUGUGGAAGUCCACGGUCGUUCCCGAACCCGAACCCGAACCCAAAGAGGAGUGGCCAGAACCGCCUUCUAGGGCACGAACAAGAAUGGGCCAAUUCCUUGCUCACGCCUUCCGACCUCUCUCUGCGAUGCGGAGGGAAUCAACAGGAUCUCUCAAGUCCAGCUCGAUAUCAGCAGAUUCCCCGCUCGUCUCCCAUGAUAUUUUACACAAUACAUCUCCAAUUUCUCGCAUUGCCAACCUCGCACAACAUUCUGAUACCCAACUACCGGAGCAUACCACAGUACCUUAUAGCACAUCGGCUGCUCACUUUCCUAUUACAGAAACACCGCCAUCACUUCCCCGGAAGAACUUCAACGAUAUAAACACUCGGCGGCGCCAUUCCGUCGGCUCUACCACUGAUCCAAUACCACCACGACGCGUAUCGACUAGCCAUACCACCAACUCGGAAGUAAAUCAAAACCCAUUCGUUCCUUUGGAAAGGGCGAUCCGGGAGCACACACAACGAAUAUCGACACCAUCAAGGUGGCGCUUCUUCCCUUUUUUAUCACAUAAUAAUAGCCUUGAGGCGGACCGGGAGAAUACUAGAACUGAGGUCCGGAGGAAGGGAGAUGUUAUUUGUUUGAGUUAUGAUACAUUAGAUGACCGGGGCAUGAGAAGAUUAGAAGGGAGGAGUGACCAUAGGCCAGUGAUUGGCUCCUAUGCAGCGUAUGUUUGAUUCAUGGACAGGAUUACUAACUCUAGAGGACAGUGUCAUUUAAGUCCAUUUGCUACUGUACUCUCAUCAUGAUACCAUUAUAUGCAUUGACAUAUUUUUAUUGAUUUUAUCCUUAGCAACUACAGCCAUUCCAAAAAACCUUUUCAUGCUGCCAAACAAGGUUAUGUAAAAUAAAUAAAUCC